AUGCCACCACUCAACACGCAACACCAGCACCGCCGCCACGACUCCCAAUCCUCCAACUACCCCCGCGCUUCCAUCCUCCCACACUCCACCAACUCCGGCACCUUCAGCGGAGGAGCAAGCAAUUCCUCCACAGUACCCGGAGGAGGCAUGAGCACAAUGUCUCCCGCCAAAACCCGGCAAUAUGCACACCUCCACUCGCAGCUCGCACAACUCAACGCCAACCUCGCAGACACGGAAAACCUGCUGCGCAUGACGGCCGUGCAGGCGGGCGAUAUGCGGUUUUUGGGCGGGUAUAUCGGGGCUCUGUUUAUGGGCUCUGCGAAGGUGCUUGGCGAGGAGGGGGUUAGGGCGAAUGCCGAUUUGAAGAGGGAGGAAGGUUCGAAGAGUCCGGAUGAGGGGGGACAGGCUGGGGAUGGCCUUAAGAAGGAGGUGUUAAGUGAUGAGGAUUGA